AUGCAAAAUAUUAACGAUACUGCUAAUGCUACUUCAGAAAAGCUAAAAGAAGAAACAACUAAAAAUGAUGAUUCAUCAGUAGGUAGUCGCAUUGGUCAUGCCAUUGAUGCUGCUAUAGACAAAGCGGAUCAAAAAGUCCAUGAAGUAAAGAAAGAAGCAGAUAAAAAAGAUGCUGAAGAAAAAGAUGUCUUCGAUCAGAUUGGUGAUACCCUAUCGCAUGCAUAUAAUUAUGUUGUCGAAAAAGUUUCUGAAGCAACCAGUGGUGUAUCGUAUGAAUGGCAUAAGAAACAAGUGAAAGAUUCGGAUAAUACAGUAGCUGAACGUGUGGGAGCUGGUUUUUCUGCGGUUGGUGACAAAAUUGAAGAAAAAGUUCAUAAAUCUAAAGCUGAAGCACAUAAAGACGCUUUGUAA